AUGAAGUCUAAACAACCAUCCGGUUAUCAAAAACCUAAAAAGAGAAAACUAGAUGAAGAAAAGAGAAAGGUUGAUGUUGGUGCUUUAUAUAAGUUUAUCCAUAGAGAACCUGUUGAAGAGAACAUUGAAGAGCAUGUUGAAGAGCACAUUGAAGAGCAUGUUGAAGAGCACAUUAAAGAGCAAGAGCGUGUAGAAGUAGAAGAGACAGAAGAGCAUGAGCCUGUUAAAGACCUUGUUGAUAUAUAUGAUCCAAGAAGGUGGGAAAAACUUAAUUCGGAUGAGAUUAAAAUUUUGGUUGAGAAAGGUCCUAAAAGAGAUAAUAGUAUUAUGUAUGCUCCCUACAAUAAAUUUGGUAGACGGUUUUCUGCAGCUUUCUAUAUAAGUACUUUAUCAAAUUUGGAGAAGUGUGAUAGAGAAUGGCUAGUAUAUUCGAAAGAGAUAGACAGGGUAUUUUGUUUCUGUUGUAAAGUGUUUAUAAAAGGGAUUUUGAAAGGUAAAUUGGAUGGUGAAGGUUAUGCAGAUUGGCACCAUGUUACCACUAGGGUUAAAGAACACGAAAUUUCAUUGGAUCAUCUUACAAAUAGGAAUAAAUGGUUUGACAUGCAUAAAAGAUUGAUCUUGAACGAAACAAUUGAUAAAGUUCAACAUGAGCAGUUCAAGAAAGAAAUAGAUUAUUAG